AUGUCAGCGCUGCUGCAGGCCCCAGAUGGGAACGCGGAUGGGAUUCCACCAAGAGCUCUGGCUGGGACCCCCAGCACGGAGAGCGGAGGAGAGAAUGGCGAGGCGUCCCAGUGCAGGUCCUCCGACUCCAGCGGGGAGGAGGAAGCCAGCGUGAGCAAGAAAAAGCCCCGCCGGCAGAGGACUCAUUUCACCAGCCUGCAGCUGCAGGAGCUGGAAGCCACGUUCCAGCGGAACCGCUACCCUGACUUGAGCAUGAGGGAGGAGAUCGCAGGCUGGACCAAUCUGACGGAGCCCAGGAUCAGGGUCUGGUUUAAGAACCGGCGAGCCAAGUGGCGGAAGAAGGAGCGCCAUCAGCAGACUGAGCUUUGCAAAGGGCCCUUCGGCCCACAGGCCGACGGCGUGCCUGGGAAACAGCCCUACGAGGACCUCUACCCAAGCUAUGCCUACGGUUCCUGGGCCCCCAGGGGGCUGCACCCCGGCUCCGUCCACGGCAAAGGCCUCCAGCUGUUCGGCUCCGUGAACCUCAGCUCCUUCCCGCCGCAGGGCGUGUUCCCCACGGCUGUGGCUGCGGCUGCGGCUGCGGCUGCCUCCGUGCCCGCCGUCCCCUCCCUGGAGGCCUUCGGCAGCCUGGCAAGUCCCCCGGGGCCCGCUGCCUCAGCCUACGGGCCCGGAGCGCCCUCGCCGUACGUGUACAGGGACCCCUGCGGCCCGGGCCUGGCCGGGCUGAGGCUCCGAGCAAAGCAGCCGCAGCUGCCGCCCCUCAGCUACGUGCCCCCGCAGCCCCCGCCCCGCAGCCCCAGCUCCAGCCAGUACAACCCGGACGGGCCAGUGUGA